AUGGACAAACUCGUCGCUCAGUACUCGCGUCCGCAGCAUCAGAAUGACUUCUACAGUGAAGCAGAGCAGCAGGAGCUCAUUGAGGGCAUGCCUCCGCUCUCUCUCAAAUUCGCCCUUCCUCCCGUCGAUAACCGCGCCGCUUUCCUCCGUGCUAUGACCGAUGACCACGCCAACCCCAGCUGCCCCAUCAAGAUCGCUCACGGCACAACAACCCUGGCCUUCCGCUUCCAGGGCGGCAUCAUCGUAUGCACUGACUCUCGAGCCACAGCCGGUAACUGGAUCGCCAGUCAAACAGUGAAGAAGGUUAUCCCCGUGUCGCGGUUGAGCCGUGGCGAGGACAAGCCCUCUAAUGACCCUACGCCCGGUCUUCUGGGUACUAUGGCCGGUGGUGCAGCUGACUGCCAAUAUUGGUUGCGGUAUUUGAGCCAGCAGUGCACUCUGCACGAAAUCCGACACAAGCGCCGUAUCACCGUCGCAGCCGCCUCCAAGAUCCUCGCCAACCUCACUUACGCCUACAAGGGCUACGGCUUGAGUAUGGGAACCAUGCUCGCAGGCGUUACUCCCCAAGAAGGCCCUGCGCUGUACUACAUCGACUCUGACGGGACACGACUUCCCGGAAACCUGUUCUGUGUCGGAUCCGGUCAGACCUUUGCGUACGGAGUGCUGGAUGCAAACUACAAGUACGAUCUGACUGAGCAGGAGGCGUUGGAUCUGGGCCGCCGCGCGAUUCUGGCGGCUAUGCAUCGUGAUGCUUACUCUGGUGGUUUCAUCAACUGUUACCAUGUCAAGGAGGAAGGAUGGGUGCACCAUGGAUUUGAUGAUAUGAACCCGAUCUUCUGGAAGACGAAGCUCGAUCGUGGCGAGUUCUCAAAUGUUACCUCUGAGUUGUAA